CCAUUUUCGAAUUUUGCAUGAUCGGGCAGAUACCGACAUGUGUUUGCAAAAAAAUCAAAACAACAAAAGAACGUUAACGUGCGUGCAUCUUCUACACUAUCAUAUGUAUACCACGGUAGUAUUUGCAGCACUCGCUAUAUACCUUAGAACACAAAAUGUCAUCUAUAAUCUUUCCUUCAAGGGCUUGUAUACACUUAUCGGAGGCUCUGGUGUCCUCUUUUAUAAGUAAGCCGUAACAUACUGCAUGUUUUAGAAAAAACGUGCAUGUCUUUCUGUCUCAAAUUCUAUGAUGGUUGAUGGCCUCUUGGAUUAUCGAAACUUCCAAGCAGUCGAGGAGAAGCGUAGUACGAG